AAAAAUAAGAAGAAGAAGAAUCGAAAAGAAGUAUUCGUCACUAGUUCGGUACAAGAAUACAUGCAUACAAAAGCAUUAGAAGAGUUUUCUUACAUUUUUUCGUUGACGAAAGUGUCAUCUAAAUAAAGAUGACAGGUUUUACAGAAAGUGCUCUUGUCAAGAGACUGAUGGAUUUAAAUCCUUCCCAACAAAGCAUCCAAACACUUUCACUUUGGUUAAUACAUCACAGAAAACAUCACCCGACCAUCGUAAAAGUCUGGUUCAGGGAGAUGUGCAAAGUGAAGGACAAUCGUAAGUUAAUGUUUAUGUAUUUGGCAAAUGAUGUUAUCCAGAAUAGUAAAAAGAAAGGUCCAGAAUUUGGCAAAGAAUUUGAAACAGUAUUACCAAAAGCGUUUGAACAUAUGAAAGGAUUUGAUGAGAAAACAAGGGAAAGAUUAAAUAGGCUAUUACAAAUUUGGGAAGAGAGAGGUGUUUAUGAUAAAAUUCAAAUAGCGGAAUUCAAAGCAGCUUUCUUGGACACUGUUAAAGACCCGGGCACUCCGCCGCCAAAAAAGAAACCAAAAAUUGAUAUAGAAAAGAAGGAAAAAAAGGAGAGGAAGAAAUCAGAGACUGAAGUCGAAGUAGAUGGUACCAAAGAACUUCACGUGACGUUAAGUCCACGUACUCCGGCUGGUGAUCCACCAGAAACAGAGGAACUAAUCAAAGCUUUAAUGGAUUUAGAAAAUACGGCAUCGUCGGAUGCUGGUGUUAGAGAACGUAUCGCAUCCUUACCACCAGAAGUUUCAGAAGUAUCGCUUUUGGCAAAUCUUGCAGAUAGAUCAGCAGCUGAUCAAUUGAGUAUAGCAGUUAAUGAAGCUGCAGCAUUGUUAGCCGAUUAUAAUGGAAGAUUGCAAGCAGAAAUGGAAGAUAGAAGAAGAUUAUUAACUAUGCUUAGAGAUUACACAUUAGCACAAAGACAAUUACUUCAGCAGGCACAAACAACAUUGGAGGAUUACAAAGAAAAAUUAAAGAAAGUCUGUGCCGUUAGAUCCGAAGUGAAAUCCCAUAUUUCUAAUUUGCCGGAUUUGACGCAAUUACCAGAUGUAACAGGAGGCCUUGCUCCACUUCCUUCAGCUGGUGAUUUAUUUUCUAUGCAUUAAUUAAUCUAAUGUUUAAUUAGUCUAAUGAUGAAGCAUGACCAUGCAAGAAUUUUCGAUUUUGAAUUUUAUGCAGUACAAAUGUAUAAUCAUUUUAUGCUGGCUUCAUCAAUUGUGAUAAAAAGGAAUCACAUGUGAACAUUUUAUUUUCCAAAAAUAUAACACACAAUAAAAAGCUAAUUAACGAUAAUUCAUCGAUUUCAAGAGAAAAGAAAAAAGAAAUUAAAAAAAAAAAAAAAAAAAAAAAAAAAAAAAAGAAAAGAAAA